AUGAAUGCCUCCGUCACCCCCGAAUACCACAAAUUUCCUAUCUCGCCCUCGAAAGUCGAUUACUGCAUAUUCAUCAACCCCGAAUUCGAUCGCGAUGGCGGCGUGCCACAAGCCGCCGACAAACUCCAAGUCUCAUGUAACGGGACUGUCAAUCAUACAUCCUACUCCGGGCUGACUGAAUUCCCCGUUUGCGUCAGUAUCGAGACCAAGAGGCACGGCGGAGACCAACGGAGAGCAGAUGUGCAGACAGCCACGUGGCACGCAUCGCAGUGGACGUUCCUGGAAAGCCAUGCAGGAGACGGGAUAUCUGAGCUUCCAUUUCUUCCUGGCAUUAUAGUACAAGGCCACGAAUGGAAGUUUGUCGCGACCACUCGGCGCGGCAACGAAAUGUCCACAGUUGCGGUUGUCACUAGUCACACACUGACGUGUAUAGAUUUUUUGGAGUAUUUUCCAGUUCGGAAACACGAUAACGCCUGUUGGGGUUUUCCAAAUUAUGGCUGGCCUUCAUCUGCUGCGCAGAUGGGCAAGGGAUACAUACUGGCCGUGGUAUAA